GGGAAAUACUAUCAGUUGAACAUAUAAAAGGGAAACUCUUUCCUGGUAAGGAAGUUCUGGAAAUCAUCAGCUAGGACGAGGGAUUAGGCUUUGCUAAAAAUGGCAAAUGAGAUACUCCAAUUGGAUAUUCAGGAUCAUCAUGUAGUUAUGGACAAUGGUAUAUUGCAAGUGACACUGUCCAAGCCAGAUGGAAAUGUUACUGGGAUAAAAUACAACAGCAUUGACAAUGUUUUAGAAGUUGAUGAUAAGGAAGCUCAUAGAGGGUACUGGGACCUUGUGUGGAACUCUGGGACUCCAGGAACGACAGGAACCUUCGAUGAGAUGAGAGGAAAAGAAUUUGAAGUGAUUGUGCAAAAUGAGGAACAGAUAGAGCUCUCAUUUAAAAGGAAUUAUCCAUUUAAGGACGAGGCUGUUCCCUUAAAUAUAGACAAAAGGUUCAUAAUGCUUCGUAACUCCUCUGGAUUCUACUCCUAUGCCAUCUAUGAGCACAUGAAGGAAUGGCCACCAUUCAACCUUCCCCAAACAAGGAUUGUGUUUAAGCUAAGAAAAGACAAGUUUCAUUAUAUGGCCAUAGCAGAUGACAGACGGAGAUUCAUGCCACUUCCUGAGGAUAGACUACGUCAUAGAGGAAAACCUUUGGAUUUUCCGGAGGCUGUAUUGCUAGUCAAUCCUAAAGAACCCAAGUUCAAGGGAGAGGUGGAUGAUAAGUACCAAUAUUCUUGUGAAAAUAAAGAUCUUAAAGUGCAUGGAUGGAUAUCCAUGGAUCCUCCAGUGGGUUUCUGGCAAAUCACUCCAAGCAGUGAGUUCAGAUCAGGUGGACCCCUCAAACAGAAUCUUACCUCUCAUGUGGGUCCAUAUGCUCUUGCUAUGUUCCUCAGCGCUCAUUAUUCAGGAGAGGACUUGGUGCUGAAGCUCAGUCCUGAUGAACCAUGGAAGAAAGUUUUUGGCCCUGUGUUUUUCUAUCUAAAUUCUGUUUCUGAUGGAGUUGAUCCACUUUCUUUGUGGGAAGAUGCUAAAACUCAGAUGACGAAGGAAGUUCAAAGCUGGCCCUAUUCUUUUCCAGCUUCUGAGGAUUUCCCCCCACCAAACCAACGUGGUAGAUUGACUGGCAAAUUAUUUGUCCUUGACAGAUAUGUUAAUCAAGAUAAAAUGCUGGCAACUGAUGCAUAUGUGGGACUGGCAGCACCAGGAGAUGCUGGAUCAUGGCAGACCGAAAACAAGGGUUACCAGUUUUGGACCAAAACAGAUGCAGAUGGCUCGUUUAGCAUUGAACACAUACGCAUCGGCGACUACAAUCUUUAUGCUUGGGUUCCUGGCUUCAUUGGUGACUACCGUUAUGAUGCUGUCAUUAGUGUCUCUGCAGGUAGUGAUAUGGACGUAGGUGAUCUUGUUUAUGAGCCGCCUAGGAAUGGGCCGACAUUGUGGGAAAUAGGAAUUCCUGAUCGCUCUGCUGCUGAAUUCUAUGUUCCUGAUCCUGAUCCAAAGUACAUUAACAAAUUGUAUGUCAAUCAUCCGGAUAGAUUCAGGCAAUAUGGACUGUGGGAAAAAUAUGCAGAGUUAUAUCCUGAUGCAGACUUAGUAUAUACAGUUGGUGUCAGUGAUUACACAAAAGAUUGGUUCUUUGCUCAUGUUAAUCGAACGAGAAAUGAUGGAUCCCAUUUAGCAACCACGUGGGAAAUCAAGUUUACACUUGAUAAUGUCAUAGAAAAGAGCGGCACCUAUACGUUGCGAGUGGCUCUGGCCACCGCCAAUGUUGCUGAAUUACAGAUCCAGGUAAAUAAUCCAGAAGCAAAGCCUAGUUUAUUUACAACAGGAGUGAUUGGGCAUGACAAUACAAUUGCUAGGCAUGGAAUUCAUGGACUCUAUCGACUCUACAGUGUGGACAUAUUAGGAUCUCUACUGGUGGAAGGAGAUAACACCAUCUUCCUUUCACAAAUUAUAAACAACUCAUCUUUCAAUGGCGUCAUGUAUGAUUAUAUCCGCCUCGAAGGCCCUCCAUCCGACACCUCUACUUCAUAAACUAUCCUUUUUUUCCUUUUAACAUUGCAAAAUUUGACCUUUCAAUGAUUAUUAUCAUCUUAGUAUUGUAAAUUUAUGAAACUUUGGCUGAUUGAUAUUUGCAUCAGCUUAACCCAUGUCACCUUAUAAUUCAAAAUUUGAGCAUAAUUCAAUUGA